AUGUCGCCGAAACAGAGCCAGGCACUCGCCGUCGUUCCUGGGCCUGCCCAGGGCAAGGUUAUCUUCUCCGAUGUUCCACUAAGCUUCAUGAUGGGCGUCGACUCAAAGACUGGCACUGUCGCAGAUGCUCACCACCCCCUCCUUGGCACAUCUCUCAAAGACUCUGUUCUCGUCAUCCCUGCUGGUCGCGGAUCGUGUUCCGGCAGCAGCGCAAUCGCAGAGCUGAUACUAUCCGGCAACGCUCCCGCGGCUCUCAUCUUCCGGGACGUGGAGAUGAUCCUCACUCUGGGCGUCUUAGUGGCCGACAAAAUGUUCGACAAGCGCAUACCAAUUGUCUUUCUUUCGGACGAGUCACUUUUUGAAGUUUUUCGCCAGGCUCUGACGGUGCAAAUGAAUGAGACGAGCUUGUUGGUUUCACCGAGCGGCCACAGGAUUGACCUGGUGCCACAGAGCACAAAGGCAAUCGAGUUGAAUCCAACCGACAAAGCCAUGUUGUCUGGGGAGAGCGGUAACGCUUCUCGUAUUGCGAUGGAGAUUAUCGUAAAGUACGCCACGAUACAGGGGGCAAAUUGCCUGAUAGAUGUUUCUCAGGUUCACGUCGACGCUUGCGCAUACGUUGGUGAAAGUAGUCUCCUCGUCCCUGGACGCCUGCUUUCCCUAGGCGGAAAGUUUGUCGUGCCGUCGACCUGCAACUCUCUCAAUGUCGAUCGACAAAGAUGGAGAGAACUGGGGGCCAAGCCUGGUAUUUCCAAGAUAUCUGACAAGAUUGGAGAGACUUAUCUCAAGCUGGGCGCCAAGAUGAGCUUUACGUGCGCUCCGUACUUGCUCGAGACUAAGCCUGGAACUGGAGAGCAAAUAGGAUGGUCCGAGUCUAACGCCGUAGUGUUCGCAAACAGUGUGCUAGGAGCACGCACGCAGAAGUAUCCUGACUACAUGGAUGUUUUCAUUGCAUUGACUGGAAGAGCCCCGUAUGCCGGAUGUCAUACACCAGAAGGUAGGAAGCCGGAGAUCAUAAUCAAGGUCCCCCAAUUUGACGCAUUUGAUGCGUCGCUCUUUGCUCUUGUUGGCUACAGCAUUGGGCAUGUAGUUGCCGCUAAGAUUCCCUUCGUCAUUGGUAUGGGGACAACACAACCUACCAAAUCAGACCUGAAAGCCUUUGGGGCAGGCUUUGCAACAACUUCAUCUGCUCCCAUGUUUCACAUCAGCAGCAUCACGCCAGAGGCUGCAAGUUUCGAAAACACACUCGAGGGUUUGGAAACUAUCGAGUUGACAGCCUCCGAACUUCGACUGAGUUGGAGACAGCUCAAUACGGCUACGGACUCCUCUGUCGACAUCGUGUCUUUAGGAAAUCCGCACUUUUCCUUGGAAGAAUUCUCUCAACUUGCCGAAGAGUGUCGCGGCAGAAAGAAGGCACCCGAUGUCGAAGUGAUGAUCACCACCGGUCGCAACACCUACAAAGAGGCCCUGGAUCUCGGCUAUCUAGACGUCAUCGAGAGCUUCGGUGCCCGGUUGAUAACGGAUACGUGUUGGUGCAUGAUAGAAGAGCCGGUAGUUCCUCUGAAGGCAAGGAAUUCUAUGACGAACUCAGCUAAAUAUGCUCACUACGGUCCUGGGAUUGUCGGCAAGAAGUUUCACUUUGGAGACAUUAUCGCGUGUAUCAAUGCGGCGCGUAGAGGUCGUAGACAAGAAGACGAGAUCAGCCCCAGGUGGCUUUUCCGAUGA